CUUUUUUAAUUGUAUAGUUUCAUUUUAAUUCCCGCUUACCCCCCCCUCAAUUCCUUUUAUUCUACGCAUAUCCAUUUCCCCCCCAAUCCCUCUAAAAUAUUAAUACCAUGACUGAAGCUCAUCAUUCUGUUUCCGAUCAAAUGAAUAUCGAGACCGAUAUCAUCACAUUGACUCGGUUUAUUCUUCAAGAACAGCAAAAGUUAGCUCCUCAAGCCACUGGUGAAUUGUCUCUAUUACUUAACUCCUUACAGUUUGCCUUCAAGUUCAUUGCUCAUAACAUCAGAAGAGCUGAAUUGGUCAAUUUGAUUGGAAUCAGUGGUACAGCAAAUUCUACCGGUGAUGUGCAAAAAAAAUUGGAUGUUAUUGGUGAUGAAAUCUUUAUUAAUGCUAUGAAAUCUUCAAAUAAUGUCAAAGUUUUAGUUUCUGAAGAACAAGAAGAUUUAAUUGUAUUUGAAGGUGGUGGUAGAUAUGCUGUUUGUACCGAUCCAAUUGAUGGUUCUUCCAACAUUGAUGCCGGUGUUUCUGUUGGAACCAUUUUCGGGAUCUAUCGUUUGAAAGAUGAUUCCAAAGGUUCCAUUAAAGAUGUUUUGAGAAGAGGUACUGAAAUGGUUGCUGCUGGUUAUACCAUGUAUGGUGCAUCUUCUCAUUUGAUGCUUACCACCGGUAAUGGUGUUAAUGGAUUUACUUUGGAUACUCAAUUGGGUGAAUUUAUUUUAACUCAACCAAACUUGAGAAUUCCAAAGACUAGAGCCAUUUAUUCUGUAAAUGAAGGUAAUUCUUAUUAUUGGCCACAAUAUGUUAAGGAUUAUAUUGAAGAUUUGAAAAAACCACAAGAUGAUUUAAAGGGUAAACCAUAUAGUGCCAGAUAUAUUGGAUCUAUGGUUGCUGAUAUCCAUAGAACUUUGUUAUAUGGAGGUAUUUUCUCCUAUCCUGCCGAUACAAAGCUGAAGAAUGGUAAAUUAAGAAUCUUGUAUGAAUGUUUCCCUAUGGCUAUGUUGAUGGAACAAGCUGGAGGUUCUGCUGUAAAUGAUCAAGGUGAAAGAAUCUUGGAAAUUCUUCCAAAGGGUAUUCAUGAUAAGAGUGGUAUUUGGUUAGGUUCAGAAGGUGAGAUUGAAAAAUUCAAGACUUAUAUCAAGUAAAUAAAACUAAUUAAAAACGAAGAAAAAUAGAUGAAAAAAAAUAGAUAAACAAUAAACUACUCAUUCAC